AUGAGUGUCAUGAGCCGACCAAAUCCACAAGUUGACAUUGGUACAGUCGACGUCGGAGUAGCUCUUGUUGUCUGUGACCUUGAGCAGCCGGACAACCCUAUAGUGUACGCCUCAGAUGCGUUCUGUGAACUCACGGGUUAUUCACAAGCAGAGGUUCUCGGCCAAAAUUGUCGAUUCCUCCAAAAACCACACCCCGACUCGACGGACAGCUCUAAGCCCGUGCCCAUGCACGACAAGAUGGCAGCCUCACGAAUGCGGCACGCACUUCAAGGCCGGCAGGAAAUCCAGCUAAAGGUUGUAAACUAUCGAAAAGAUGGGUAUCAAUUUACCAACCUAGUCACCAUCAUCCCUGUUGAGCUAAGCGGUUCUGGCUACCGCUAUGCCGUUGGGCUGCUUGGUGAAGCUUCGUGA